AUGGGCGGCCAGCAGUCAAAAGCGUCUGCGUCUCGAGCGCAUGACAAGGUCAUGGUUGAUCGUCUGCGCAAGAUGAAUCUCCAAGAGAACAGCAUCUCUGGCGAGGUGAAUGAGAAGAGCGGCAAGUUGAUCCGUGAUGCAGAGCCUCUGCCGUUGGAUGCAGUGUCUCUGUUGCCUUCGACGAUUUUGGAGGACCCCCGAAACAGGCUUGCUCUCUCGGCGUUGAGUUCGGCCAACCCGCGGACGGUUCUGACCUCGCAGGCUUCCAAGAUUGCUAAUCAGCACGUUUUCAAUACAAAGAUUCCCUUUGAGGGCGCGCCUAUUACGAACCAGCGCUCGAGUGGUCGAUGCUGGCUGUUUGCUUCUACCAAUGUGUUCCGCGUGGCUAUCAUGAAGAGGUACAACCUCGAGUCGUUUGAGUUGUCCCAGAACUACCUCUACUACUAUGACAAGCUUGAGAAGUCGAACUGGUUCCUCGAGCAAAUCAUUGACACCUCUGGAGAGGACCUGGACGGCCGUGUCGUCCAGAGGCUUCUGGAUGAUCUCAUUUCCGACGGUGGCCAGUGGGACAUGGUGUACAACUUGGUUGACAAGUACGGCCUUGUUCCUCAAACAUUGUACCCGGACAGCUGGAACGCCCAAAACUCGGGCGUUCUCAACACCGUCCUCAAGACCAAGCUCCGCGAGUAUGCUCUGAACUUGCGCAAUGCAAUUGCUGCCGGCCAGGCACCGGGCGUCAUUUCCGCCAUGAAGAUCAUCUACAUGCAGGAGGUCCAGAAAAUCAUCACCCUCCUCCUUGGACCUACGCCAAAUCCCACGCAGGAGUUCACAUGGACAUACGCCGACAAGGACAACAAGGUCCACUCCCUGACCGUCACUCCCAAGGACUUUGCCAAGAACAUCAGCAGCUCAAACUUCCAGAUCACCUCUACUACCAUCUCAGACCUGGUCUCGCUCGUCAACGACCCUCGCAACGACCUCAUGACCCUCCUCACUGUCGACAGGCUGGGCAACAUUGUCGGCGGCCGUGACGUUACCUACAUCAACGUCGACAUGAAGACCCUCAAGGAAGGCUGCGUGAAGAUGAUCAAGGCCGGGAUACCCGUCUUUUUUGGCUGCGAUGUGGGUAAAUUCAGCGACAAGACCUCCGGAGUCAUGGACCUUCAUGUCUUUGACUACGAAGUUGGCAUUGGCACGGAUCUACUCGGCAUGACCAAGGAGGAGAGGUUGCGGGCGGGUGAGAGUCUGAUGACGCAUGCCAUGGUUUUGACGGCCGUGCAUUUGGACGAGAAGACGGCGCAACCUGUGCGCUGGAGAGUGCAGAAUAGUUGGGGUACAGACAAUGUAGGCGAUAAAGGGUGGUUUGUCAUGACGGAUGAGUGGAUGGACGAGUUUGUUUAUCAGGCCGUUGUUGACCGCAAGUUCUUGAGCAAGGAAGUCAGAGACGUAGCUGAACAGGAGCCGACGGUCUUGCCGUUGUGGGAUCCUAUGGGUUCUUUGGCUUGA